AUGAAUUCUUAUGUAUAAUAAAGUGUAAAUUUCAGAUCAUUUGAAUUUAUAAUCAAGUAAUUAAUAUAAUUAUGCAUAAAUGAAUUCUAAUCUUAAAUAGAAAAAUUAAUAUCUGAAUUACAAUUAACUGAAUUAAGUUAUUAUCAAAUAUCUAACUUAUAUAUAAAUAAAUCAGAAGAAUUAUAUUAAAAAGGUAUUAAAUUUAUAAUUUAGGAUAUAAAUUAUAUUCGAAUGAUAAAUAAUAUGAUGAGGCUAUUAAAAUAUUAGAUAAAGCAUUAAGUUUUAAUACAAAGCAUUAAUUAUCAUUAUAUAGUAAAGGUAUGAUCAUAUUUAUUUGUUUAAAGGUGAUUCAUUAAGAUUAUUGAAAGAUUAUAAGGAAGCUUUGAAAGUAAUUGAUUAAUCUCUAUCAAUCAACCCAAAUCAUUUGAGUUCAUUAUAAUCAAAAGGUUGAUGUAUGUUAUAUUUUCAAGGGCAUUGUUUACAAAAUUAGAAUAAUUAUUAAGAAGCCUUAUUAUUUUAUGAAAAAGCUCUAAAGAUUGAUUCAAAUCAUUAAUGGACCAAAAAUAGAAAAGGUAAUAUAUAUCUUAAUAUUAAGAUGAAUGUUUAAAAGCUUUAAAUACUAAAUGAAAUUGAAAUUUAUAUUUAGAUCAAACACAUUAUCAUUAUUAAAAAUCUUUAUAUUAGUUUAAUUAGUUUAUUCCAUAAAAAUAAUAAAUUAAAAAUGAAUUUAUUCUUAUAGAAACUCUUCAUAUAAUAAAGAUUGUGGAUAGAUACAGUAAUGUUCUGUUUGAAAAUCAAUACAAAGGAUUGCAAGCUUUAAAUAAAUAAANCAAAGAAUAUUUGGAAUGGCUAAAUUAAACUCAACAAAAAGAAUUCAUAAUUUCGUUCGAUAUCAUACAUACAAACAUGUUUCUAUAAAUCAAGGGGAAAGUCCUAUUUUAUGAAAUUAAUUGACUAUAUCAGCUGCAAAAGAAUAAUAUUUUAUUUUAUAUAUUUUUAAGAUAAAUAUUGGCUAAGAAAUAGUUUUAUUAAAGUUUUAGAUAACUAAAGAUAGUUUAAGAUUGAAAAAAAAAUAAAAAUUUAAUUUUGGGUUUUCGCCAUCAAUACUAAUUCAAUUAUAUAUUCGAAUGAUAAAUAAUAUGAUGAGGCUAUUAAAAUAUUAGAUAAAGCAUUAAGUUUUAAUACAAAGCAUUAAUUAUCAUUAUAUAGUAAAGGUAUGAUCAUAUUUAUUUGUUUAAAGGUGAUUCAUUAAGAUUAUUGAAAGAUUAUAAGGAAGCUUUGAAAGUAAUUGAUUAAUCUCUAUCAAUCAACCCAAAUCAUUUGAGUUCAUUAUAAUCAAAAGGUUGAUGUAUGUUAUAUUUUCAAGGGCAUUGUUUACAAAAUUAGAAUAAUUAUUAAGAAGCCUUAUUAUUUUAUGAAAAAGCUCUAAAGAUUGAUUCAAAUCAUUAAUGGACCAAAAAUAGAAAAGGUAAUAUAUAUCUUAAUAUUAAGAUGAAUGUUUAAAAGCUUUAAAUACUAAAUGA